AUGCUGCGCGCCUCGCUCCGAGAGGUGUCGGCAGCGCUGCGGGAAGGGCGCGUGGGCGCCACGGAGCUCUGCCAGCGCUGCCUGGCCCGCGUGAGGGCCACGGGCUUCCUCAACGCCUACAUCAGCGUGGCCGAGGACGCGGCGCUGCGGCAGGCCCGGGAGGCCGAGAGGAGGCACCGCGCAGGUCAACCUCUGGGUAUUCUAGAUGGAAUUCCUGUUGCAGUAAAGGACAACUUUAAUACAGCUGGCAUUGAGACAACAUGUGCGUCAAACAUGCUGAAAGGUUAUAUCUCUCCUUACAAUGCUACAGUAGUACAGAAAUUAUUGGAUCAGGGAGCUGUGCUUUUAGGAAAAACAAACCUAGAUGAAUUUGCAAUGGGAUCUGGGAGUACAGAUGGGGUAUUUGGACCAGUCAGAAACCCCUGGAGCUAUUCAAGACAGUACAAAGAAAAAAAUCCAUCAAAAUCUCCUUCUGAGAAUGAAGAUUCAGAGUGGGUAAUAACAGGAGGAAGCUCAGGAGGCAGUGCUGCAGCUGUAUCAUCCUUCACGUGUUUUGCAGCUUUAGGGUCAGACACAGGAGGAUCUACGAGAAACCCUGCUGCUCAUUGUGGAGUAGUAGGUUUAAAGCCAACAUAUGGACUGAUUUCUCGCCAUGGUCUCAUUCCUCUAGUGAACUCCAUGGAUGUGCCAGGAAUCUUAACCAGAUGUGUGGAUGAUGCAGCAGUUGUGUUAGGUUUACUUGCUGGGCAUGAUCCUAAGGACUCUACUACAAUUCAGGACACCUUUAAGCCCUUCGAACUUUCCAAUUCUAUAGAUGUCAGAAAGCUCUGCAUAGGAAUUCCUAAGGAAUACAACGUGCCAGGGCUUUCUAGUGAAAUUCAGGCACUCUGGUUAAAGGCUGCUGAGCUUUUUAAGGAUGCAGGUGCUAAAGUAAUUGAAGUGAGUUUACCCCACACUCCUUACUCGAUUGUCUGCUAUCAUGUGCUGUGCACAGCAGAAGUAGCAUCAAAUAUGGCCAGGUUUGAUGGACUGGAAUAUGGUCAUCGUGCUGACAUGAAGCACUCCACAGAAAGCAUGUAUGCUGCCACACGCCGAGAAGGUUUUAAUGAUGUUGUGAGAGGAAGAAUUCUAUCAGGAAACUACUUUUUAUUGAAAGAAAACUAUGAAAAUUACUUUGUCAAGGCCCAGAAAGUCAGGCGCCUCAUUGCCAAUGACUUUGUGAAGGUUUUUGCAAGUGGUGUUGAUAUUUUGCUCACUCCUACCACUCUGAGCGAUGCGGCACCGUACGUGGAAUUCAUCAAAGAAGACAACAGAACCCGCAGUGCGCAAGAUGAUAUUCUAACACAGGCUGCAAACAUGGCUGGACUGCCAGCCAUAAGUGUUCCUGCAGCUCUUUCCAAGAGAGGCUUGCCGCUUGGGCUUCAGCUCGUUGGACGUUCAUUCCAGGAGAAGCAGCUUCUCACUGUGGCCAAAUGGUUUGAAAAACAAGUGAAAUUCCCAGUGAUCCAGCUAGAAGACAUGAAGAGUCAUGACUGCAGUGGCUUUCCGCAUCAGAAAUCUGUUUCUUCUUUGUAGCACAGAUCUUGCUAGUCAGCUAAAACAGGAACGCUGGGGAGUGGCUCUCUAAAAAUGUAUUUUUGCAGUUAAUUCUAUUCUGCAGAAAUAAUAACGUAGCUUAAGAGGACCAUGUGCAGUAAUGUAGGAUGGAAUCAUAACAGCUUGUUACUAUGUAAUUAAGCUGAAGUGAGUCAUUAAGCAAACAUGUUUGUGUUAUUAAGAGCCCUUUUAUAACUGACACUGUUUUCACUAGAUUCAAAUUGUGUGUUGCCUGUGGAGGGUUUUUUCUUUUUUUUUUUUUUUUCCCCUCCUAUCUCUAGAGGGCGUCUAAGGUAUCUGGCUCGGUAGAGAACUAACCUGAAACCUUUGUGUGAAAACUGCCCAGUUGCCAAAGGGCUUGGUUUCCCUCUGGAAUGUAGGCUUUUGUAAUGAAAACAACCAGCCGAGCUGUAAUGGAACAAAGGUAUCAAGGAUCCAUGCACCGGCAGGUAAACGCAAAAGGAAAAAAGGAAACAAUGUGUGGAAGUUCAUUAAAAGUGCUUUACCUCAUGGACAUGCAGGAGGUGAAAUAGCUCCUGCGAAUACAAAUUUUACUGAUUACAUCCAUUGCAAGGAGGAUUAAUUCCAGAUUUCUUUUGGAGGAAAUACCCUCUAGUCUUUGAUCUGUAUUUGGUUGGUUUUGGUUUUGUUUUCUUUCUACAUUGUUGCUCUCUGUAAUCAGCACUUAAAAUUAGUACUUACUAAAUAAGAAAUUAGCUCCUGCAGUUGAGCUCACCGGAAGCAUUAUAGCAACUCCCAUUGGAUGGACAGUUAUUCAAUACAGUAUGAAAUCAAUUUUCAAACUAUGAUGUUAGUGGACUGGGAAGACUUCCAGAACAACCAACAAGCUCCUGCAAAUGUUGUUUCCAUUUUCCCACUGUUGCAGAAGGGUGAAAGAUUAAAGUUGCCAAUUUGUAUUUGUAUCAGAAAAGGGGAAACCUGUUACCCUGCCCACGCUAUCAUUGAUUUAAAGUGGGGAUUGGAAGCCAGUCUCCAGUAUCUUCUGUGUGCUCUGAGGUAUCCUUCAGUGCUUCUUUAGUUGCUAGCUUUCAAAGUGGAGACAUCUGAAUCAUCAUUUACACAAUGAGUUGCCUGGUAGAGAAGGUACAAACAAGACGUGUUUAUCCCACAACUCUGAAUAGUGUCAUUUAAAACUUUGUUGAUGAUUGAGACCUGUCUUCAACUUAGAGCUCUAAGGACUUGUAAAACAAAGAUCCUGGUGGGUAAUUGAAUUUCUGGGCUCUUAGUUUCCCAGUAACCACAAGAAGCCUCCAGCCCCUUCCCGCCCUCUGCAGUGCUGUCCUUUUGGGGGACUCCAUACCCAGAGCUCUUGCCGCAGUCCUUUAAGCAACACUGGAGUUCCACCACCAUGGAAGUGAGUUUCAGGAUAUAAGCAACAACACCUCACAUUUUUUGAGGUGAUAUUCAAGAUACUCGGUGUCUUAUUAGCAAACCAACCACAAGUGGCUGCGCAUUUCAGCAAGGCCUGAGGUAGCUUAAUGCCAGGCUUAGCACAGGGUGCUACGGGGCUGCUGAGCAGAGGUUUGUGCAGCUGCUGCCAGCACCCAGCCAGGGCUCCCCAGUUACGAACAGUAUCGUUUUUAUUGUAGUUCAAUCCCUUGAUACAAGAGCA